GACUCCGGAACGCCCUGAGCGGCGUGCUGUGUGCUUUCACCCUCCUCCUCAUCGGCGUCCUCGCCUUCUCCAUCCGCCUCUUCUCCGUGAUCAAGUACGAGAGCGUGAUCCACGAGUUCGAUCCCUACUUCAACUACCGCGUCACUCAGGUCAGUUUCGGCGGCGUCGCAUUGUUGCCCACUGUCCGUUGCUCAGGUGCGUGUGGAGUGUAGCAGCACUGUGAAACUGAGCUCAAGGCGUAGCAGGACGCGUUGCUGUGUUUGUUCGGAGCGUCAUCGCAUUCGAAUUUUGGGAACUACGGUUGUAGGAAGCUUCGUUUACUUUCACGUGCUAGUACAUGGUAGUGGUAUUAAGCGGUGAGAAAAUUGGGACGAAUAUAGGUUUUUUUCCCCCAAUGUAAGGGCAAGCAUCCUGGCCUCUGCAUAUGAUUGGGGACUUGGGAUGUGUUCUUUUGUGUAAUUUGCUGCUUACAUUUUCCUACAACUCUUGGUGUUCCAAAAGGACUAUAUCUUUUAUUCGCUAUAUGUUUCCCUGCCUUGUCUCAGUUUUUGUCAAAGAGUGGAAUCUACGAGUUUUGGAACUGGUUUGACGACCGAACAUGGUACCCCCUCGGACGUGUUAUUGGUGGCACUGUCUAUCCUGGCUUGACACUGACGGCCGGCACGAUAUGGUGGUCCCCUCAUACAUCUCAAGAUCUGUUGCAGGCAGCUACGAUAACGAAGCUGUAGCAAUAUUUGCUUUAAUAUUCACAUUUUAUCUAUAUGUAAAGACACUAAACACGGGGUCACUCUUUUAUGCAACACUUAAUGCUCUCUCUUACUUUUACAUGGUCUGUUCCUGGGGAGGCUACACAUUCAUCAUCAACCUUAUCCCAAUGCAUGUUCUCCUGUGUAUUGUAACUGGUCGUUAUUCUUCACGACUUUAUGUUGCUUAUGCUCCCCUUGUUGUACUGGGAACACUUCUGGCAGCAUUGGUACCUGUGGUUGGUUUUAAUGCAGUAUUGACAUCAGAGCACUUUGCAUCAUUUCUGGUGUUUAUAAUCCUCCAUGUGGUUGCUCUUGUGUAUUACAUCAAAGGACUUUUAACUCCUCGGCUGUUCAAAGUGGCCAUGACAUUUGUACUAACGGUUGGCUUAGCCCUUUGUUUCGCUGUAGUAGCGAUACUUGCUGCAUUGGUCGCAUCUAGCCCAACAAAAGGUUGGAGUGGGCGCAGUUUGAGUCUACUUGACCCAACAUAUGCAAGCAAGUACAUCCCUAUCAUUGCUAGCGUGAGCGAACAUCAACCACCUACCUGGCCUUCUUACUUUAUGGCUAUCAAUGUGCUAGCCUUCUUAGUUCCUGCUGGGAUCAUAUCAUGCUUCUUACCUUUAUCUGAUGCAAGCUCAUUUUUGGUCUUGUACUUGGUAACUUCAGUAUAUUUCUCUGGGGUAAUGGUACGACUGAUGCUUGUUCUUGCCCCUGCUGUGUGCAUUUUGUCCGGGAUUGCUCUGUCAGAAGCUUUUAACGUCCUCACACGAUCAAUGAAAUUUCAGCGCCCAAUAUCAGAUGAUACCCUUCCUACUGCAGGAGAUAGUACCCCAGGGAGUUCCAGUACAGCCACUAUCACAACUUCCACGAAAAAUGCGAACAUAAAAAAAGAAAAAAUGGGGACUAUUUCAAAGGAAAGAUCAUCAAAGAAGAGUCGGAAGGAAACAGAAUUGGUGGGAAGUUCUCCUGUUAGGCCCGAAAAGGAGGAGAAGCUUUGUGUACUGCCUUCUGAAGCAUCUGCCAUGGGUAUACUGUUCCUGAUCAUGCUUUGUGGACUUUAUGUGAUCCAUUGUGUAUGGGCAGCUGCAGAAGCAUACUCUGCACCCUCAAUUGUGCUGACAUCACGUUCACACGACGGGUUGCAUGUUUAUGACGAUUUCCGUGAAUCUUAUGCAUGGCUGCGCCAUAACACAGAAGUAGACGAUAAGGUUGCGUCAUGGUGGGACUAUGGUUAUCAGACAACUGCAAUGGCCAACAGGACUGUGAUUGUAGACAAUAAUACCUGGAAUAACACGCACAUAGCGACAGUUGGGACAGCAAUGUCAUCCCCAGAAAAAGGAGCAUGGGAGAUCUUCAAUUCCUUAGAUGUCAAAUAUGUGCUUGUGGUCUUUGGAGGUCUUAUUGGCUACCCAAGUGAUGAUAUUAAUAAGUUCCUCUGGAUGGUUCGAAUCGGAGGUGGUGAAUUCCCUCACAUCAAGGAACAGGAUUACCUUAGGGAUGGCAACUACCGUGUUGAUGCUCAGGGCACUCCAACGAUGCUGAAUUGCCUCAUGUACAAGCUUUCUUAUUACAGAUUCGCUGAGACUGAUGGCAAGGGAUUUGACAGAGCGAGAAGAUAUGAAAUAGGAAGGAAGCAUUUUAAACUGACCCAUUUUGAGGAGGUUUUUACAACCCAGCACUGGAUGGUUAGGAUUUACAAACUGAAACCACAAAAGAACAGGGUCCGAGGAAAGUUGAAACUGAAAUUGAAAUCUAGUUCGAAAACAAGUUUAAUGCGCAAAGGGGCUGGAAAGAAGAACCCAUGGCGAUAGUCGAAUAGAGAACACAAGUAAAGAACACAAACUCACUAUUUGGCUUGCCCAAAGUUCCCGAACUCGGGAAAAUUACACGCUGAUGAGAAGAACUUGGUUAGAGAUAUCCACAUUUUUGUAUACUUUGCCGUGCGUCACAUUUUUUUCCUCUUACACCUCCAGUAUGGUUCUGUGGUGCAAAGAGAGGAAAGCGUUAUCCCAGAUGCAGGAGAUUCCAUUUCCCAUGUAGCAACUGAGUGAGAACCGUGUUAACAUUGAAAAUUUUGAAUUAUGUCAACGAGUGAACUACUGACAAGUGGCACAACUUGCUAUGUGCUGUAUACAAGGUUGCACCUUGCUGUCA